AUGUCUACAGCGAAAGAGAACCCUUGCAGAAAAUUCCAGGCGAACAUUUUUAAUAAAAGUAAAUGUCAGAACUGCUUCAAACCUCGGGAGUUGCAUCUCUUGACCGAUCAAGAUCUGAAUCAGGUAAAUAAUUGUUAUUGUGAUGAUGUAGCCACAUUGUCGCAUAGGUACUUGUAACAUGUGAACUCUGCUAAUCUAGCUACAAUGUAAUCAUUUGGUCGUCUCGAGCUUGCUGUUGCUGUCAAGUUGUGUAACAGUCGAAUGUUGGCAACAUUGUAGCCAGCUACCUAGUCAAACUUCCAGUUAGCAUUCUAAAGCAUUUUGUAACUGACACAAUGUUGUCAUUUCAUGCUGUCUACUUUGCCAUCCUCAAGUCUAUUAAUUGGAUAAUUGGGCAUCUAAGUGUCUACUGUGAUUAUAGCUCAGCGUGUGUGUCAUUCUGUCUGUGUCCUCAUUCAGUGACCAUUUGUUGAAGACCGACUCCUUUAGAGAGUAACUAAUGGUGUAUUAUUUAUAUACACACACUGUAUACCCUGCUUCAGUCUGACAAACUAAGGCGUGGUCUCACAAUCAACCAGUGGUUCAAUAUGAGGAAUCAGCUGUAAUAAUAGGACCCUGGUUCAAAGCCACAAAUUAACAUUAGAUUUGGAUAGAUUCAUCGGAUAAGGGAGGUUUUUGACCAGCUUCAGGUUAGACAUAACAUUUAUUACUGGCAAAUAACACCAUCCUCCCAAAAGGAGGAAUCAGCUGACCCAUCAUGGGUCCUGUCCAAUCUUGUUAGAUCAUUGCAGAUGAAGAACAGGAGAUGAGGAGGGGAAGGCACUUAGACUUUUCCACCCAGAUUUCUCUCUCUGAGAUCGUUAGCUAGUCUCUGUUGUAUCCUGUAAUUGAUCCCAUGCGCUGAGGUCCAGAUGGGCCCUUGAACAUGGCUCAAGAACAGCAAUGCCAGCGAGCAUCCUCUCCUCCACAAAGAUUGUGUGUGUGUGUGUUUCUCUGCUUGUGUAUUAGUGAGAAUGUGUGUGUUUCUCUGCUUGUGUAGUGUAUGAGUGAGAAAGUGUGUGUGUGUUUGCGUUUCUCUGCUUGUGUGUGUGUGACAGCCUGCUUGUGAUUACUGCGGGGUUAACCCCUUCAGACCCAGCCUCCUGAGUCAGGACUAGAAUCUUGAAGCGAUUACAUCACUUCUUUAAUCCUCCUGAGACCCAGCCUUGCUCUCUCCCAGGGCCUUUAUGGCAUCACCAGUGGAACCAGAGAUGCUUCUAUCCGCUGCUCUAUCCAUAUAGGGCUAGAAAUUAGUUGGUCUCGUACCAGGGGAGUCUUAACCUGAUAAUGUAAACAAUACUCUACAGCUAGCUAGCUCUAAUCUCAUAAAAUAAAACGACCCUUUAAAAUAAGUUUCUAGCCCAAAUCUAUCCAAGGAACUAGUCAUGACAUUGACUGCCAUUUUGGACAGGAAAAUGUAAACAACACUGAAGAAUGUAGCCUAUCUGCUCUCUCAUAUUCCUCUGGUUAGUAGAUAAACUUAAUAACCCAGUCAGGGUGCUUCAAUGGUGCAUCUUAAUGCAGUUUAAACACUGGAUGGCUCCUAGAGGCGCUCAUUAUGGUGCUGCAGUGUUUCCCCUAGCAUUUUUCCAGCAGCGGUGGCAACGGUCGCGGAAGGGGGGGUGUUGGUGGGGUCAGGCAAGGUUUUUCUGGAUCAAAAAGGGGCUUAGGUGGUGGCAUUGUCGGGGGCGUGGUUGGGCCUUUGGCUUGGCAUAAAUCGGCCUGGAAUUGGCAACAUAGAGAAAUGUUGUUUUUCAGCUAAUUUCCUGCAAUUCCAUAAAUUUUUCCGUGGAGCUGAGACAUUUUUAUGCAGCGUGAAAGCUAAUUUCCUGCAAUCCAACGCAUUUUGCCAUGGCUAAUUCUGUGUUCUUAUGCUCAAACAUAAUAAAACCAAUGGGGCCCCCCGGGCAUGUGCCCUGCGUGCCCCGUCAGUAAUCCAGCCAUGCAAAAAAAUACUCCUAAAUUAGACGUUUUUAGAAUGGUCUAUUCUCCCUGACUGUCUAGCUUUUGUUUUGGUGAUUUCUAGUUCUCAAAGAUCAUAUUAUUUAAAAAAUGUAUAGGUCAGUUAUAUUUUCUACAUACUUUGUCUGGUUUUAGUCAUUUAAGUUUAUACUGAAAGUUUCUUGUUGUGGCGGGAACAAUUUAGCAGUGGUGGUGCGACCCUGCUAAAUGAAUAAAGGGGAAACACUGUGGUGUUUGCCAGAGAGCAGUUUUUACGUUCUGUUGGGAGAGGACGAUAGUUUCAAAGGUGUUUUUCUGGAUCGAGGCUAUUGCUGAGCUACGCUGCUUUGUAGUUCCUGAGGCAUCGGCGAGAUGGAGAACCCAUUCAGGAUAGAAGGUGGGAGGGAGAGAGUGGGAGGCAAGGAUAUGAUGGAAGUACAGACAGACUGAGGGACGAGAGAGAGGGUGGUGGGUGAGAGAACAGUUUGAGAGAUGUAGUGGGGCACAGGGAGAUGAUGGGAGUAUAGAGGAAAGGAGAGAGAAGAGAACACUCAGGGAGAGAUGGUAGGAGGCAGGGGUAUGGAGAGAUUUAAGGGAGGGAGGAGAGGAAGAGCUUGUGAAAGAAAGUGCGGGGUUGGGAUUGAAACUAGAACAGAGUUUCCCACGGGUUACUCUCACCAGUGGAGCCCAGAGUUCUCAAAUGCACGUACAUAGAUCUCAAUUCCACAUGGUCCAGAAUCAUGUAUGUUAGACCUAUAAGUUCCAGUUCUAUCUAUACUGAACAAAAAUAAACAACAUGCAACAAUUUCAAAUAUUUUACUGAGCUACAGUUCAUAUAAGGAAAUCAGUAUAUUGAAAUAAAUAAAUUAGGCCCUAACCUAUGGACUGCACGACUGGGAAUACAGAUAUGCAUCUGUUGGGCACAGGUGCUUAAAAAAAAAAGUAGGGGCAUGGAUCAGAAAACCAGGCAGUAUCUGGUGUGACCACUAUUUUCCUCAUGCAGCGCCACACAUCUCCUUCACAUAGCGUUGAUCAGGCUGUUGAUUGUGGCCUGUAGAAUGUUGUCCCACUCCUCUUCAAUGGCUGUGCGAAGUUGCUGAUUAUUGGGAGGAACUGGAAUACGCUGUCGUACACAUCGAUCCAGAGCAUUCCAAACAUUAUCAAUGGGUGACAUGUCGGGUGUGUAUGCAGGCCCUGGAAGAACUGGGACAUUUUCAGCUUCCAGGAAUUGUGCACAGAUCCUUGCGACAUGGGGCCGUACAUUAUCAUGUUGAAACAUUAGGUGAUGGCGGCAGAUGAAUGGCACAGCAAUGGGCCUCAGGAUCUCGUCAUGGCAUCUCUGUGCAUUAAAAUUGCCAUCGAUAAAAUGCAGUUGUGUUCGUUGUCUGUAGCUUAUGCCUGCCUAUACCAUACCCCCACCGCCACCAUGGGGUAAUACGUUUGCAACGAUGACAUCAGCAAACCACGACGCCAUACACAUGGUCUGCGGUUAUGAGGCCAGUUGGACGUACUGCCAAAUUCUCUAAAACGACAUUGGAGGCGGCUUAUGGUAGAGAAAUUAACAUUAAAUUAUCUGGCAACAGCUCUGGUGGACAUUCCUGCAGUCAGCAUGCAAAUCGCACGCUCCCUCAACUUGAGACAUCUGUGGCAUUGUGUUAUGUGACAACUGCAUUUGAGUAGCCUUUUAUUGUUCCCAGCACAAGGUGCACCAGUGUAAUGAUCAUGCUGUUUAAUCAGCUUCUUGAUAUGCCACACCUGUCAGGUGGAUGGAUGGAUUAUCUUAGCAAAGGAGAAAUGCUCACUAACAGAGAUGUAAACAUUUGUGCACAUCAUCUGAGAGAAAUAUGCUUUUUGUGCAUAACGAAAAUUUCAGGGAUCUUUUAUUUCAGCUCAAGGCUCUGCAAUGGUUUUACUUGGCUAGCAGGAGUAAGGUGGACUUUUAGAUGGGUCUACCGUACAUUUGAAUGGACCUUUUGGCUUGGCUCCUAAAUGAGUGGAGGAGAGCGGCGCGUCCAGGCCUCCCUGGACUGUACUGGGGAGGCAAUGAAGGGUUAACACGAGAUCAUUAGAGGACACAACAUUGUAUCUGUACCAUUAUGGCAUCUGUGAGAGUAUGAGCAGCACCAUUAAGGCCAUCUCCAUUUUGAAGUAGUCAAUUUUCUUCUACUUCUUCUAUGAGUUGGUAAACAAACUGAAAGGCUGCAUACUGCCACUUGGAGUGUGUUGUUUGAACAGGUAUAAAGCCAAGGUUGGCGAUUUACUGCCACCUGCAGUUAUGGAAUGUUUUCUCACAAGUAUAAUUCAUUGGCUGAUCCCUCCUGAUGACCUGGAUGGAAUGAUGUGAUCCUUCCUUAACCCAUAGUAAGUCCCACCCAGUUUUCUACUUAAAAAUUGUGAAAAUCCUCAAUAGCGCUACCCAUGCUAAAACAGACUUUUAGCCACUAGAGUCCUCUAUCUAUCUCUAUGGGUUAACCUCACUGCCGGUGGGAGGCCUUGCCUUGGAGGGCUGGAAUGGAGGGGGAAGGUAGGUCUGUUGGAGAGAGCUGAGGGGGGAGGGCAAGGUCACGGGAGGACCACUUUAGAGGAAGUGAGGCCUGUGUGUGUGAAGGAAGAUUGGAGGGAGAAAGGGUGCAAGGGUGUGUCCCUCCUCUCCAGGUCUCCUGGCUCCUCAGCCCACCAACAUUGCUACAGGCCACAGCUGCUUGCUUACACUGCCUCUCCUUGUCUGUCUCGCUCAUUCUCUCCUGUCCAGCUCUUUCUUGCUCACUCGGUCUCUUUCUCUCUGCUGCUGUCUGUCUCGCUCUCUCUUUGGAUGUUUUGAAAGAGAGAAGAAUGGAGAAAGGGGUUAUGCAUUAUAGCACAACCUGUGUGAUAUGGGCUCAUUUAUUGAUAACAUUGCCCAUAUAAGAUCUGAGGACAGGAAACAUCCAUUUUGGAUCGUAGCCUAUGCCUUGACUUCAGCGCUGCAGAUAAUCAGCUAAUCAUCAAGUAAAAUCAUCAGUCAUAAUUACUGCCAAAAUGCCAGACUCUUAUCAGAUUUCUUAGGACUAGGUCAUGCCACGUUUAUCUCCUCAAUCACCCAUCACCUGUUAAAAGUAAACGAUUAAAUCAGUCUAUAGGCACAUUAGGCAGUCAGUUUAUGCAAGCUGAAAUAAGGCAUAUAUGGAUGGAUUUAUGACAGACAUGCAGGGACACGGGCUAGCUAGCGACAGCCAGGGCCAAUACCCAGACUAAUAAUCGUAUACUCCUCUACUGCAGGUAAGACGCUAGCCUGGAUUUUGAGGUAAAGAAAAAAGGUAGGAGGGGAUUUUUUUUUAUAUAGCAAAACAGGGCUGACAGCUGCUUCUUGGUAAUGUUUAACAGUAAAAGUUGGAGACAAAGACAAAUACGUUUUAGUAGAGUGCAAAGAGCAGCCAUUUUAAACAGCCUCCCCCUCACCCUGUGGGAGCUCUACUCCAUGUUUAUACAUUUCCACAUCUUUUGAACUUCUGUGUUUUCAUUGGAAACAAGCAGGUUUUUGGCUCAAACAACUUCCAUGAGGUGAAUGUAGGUUGAUAGGCAGGCGCUGUUGUCAUUCACACAAAGCUUCAUUUAUGUAAUUUGAACGCAAGGCAAUCGUGUAUAUCAAACGUUGCUAAUUACGCCGACAGGCUUGCUAACUGGUUUUGUGUGGUUUCAAAACUGCCUCAUUGAGAGGGUCUGUAGGAACAUCUGGACCACAAUGUGCUCUCUCCUUUCUCAGUGCUUCCCCCUCCCCCCCAUUUUUAAUGAUUGUCUAAAUUGCUCUGUUUUACAGGCCAAACCUAUUUAUGGCGGAUGGCUGUGCUUGGCCCCCGAGGGAACAGACUUUGACAACCCCAUGCAGAGAUCCCGGGUAAGAUCACCCAUGAGGCGUGUAUGUGUGCGUGCUCACAUGGAAUGGGGGAUGGGUUAGUAUGUGUGUUCCCUGUUCUUCCAUAGCAUUGUAGUCUCAUGAUAAACAGACAAACACCAUUCCCGGGCAGCAGAACCUUAUAG